AUGGCCGAUGGCUCGAUGCAACUUGAUGUUGAGACUAAAAUUGGAUUGUUUUCUUCAAACUUCCCUUCGUCUAGAUGGUCACAGUUAGGAAAGUUUCAACCACGUUUGGUAUCGAAGCAGUGCCUGGCUUUAAGAGCAAACUGUCAAGCCUUACGCACACUUAUUCGGAGUUUCGCCCAACCGGUGCAAAAAGACCACGUAUGUAUAGAUUACCGAAAAUCCACAGAGGGAGCUCUACUCCGACCAAUUCUUGCCAUGAUUAACUCAGCUCAUCAUAAGUUAACUAAACAACUGUCAGUUGUAUUUUCACCUGCUUUAGAGAAGUUCUCAAUGCACACUUUUAAAGACUCAUUUACUUUUACUAAUCAACUCAAACAAAUAGAUCUUUCUACUCAUCCUAAUCUGACAAUGUGCUCUUUUGAUGUAACCAAUCUUUAUACAAAUGUUCCCUUAGAAGAAACCAUCGAAAUCUGUGUUGAUAAUCUUUUUCACUCGGACAUAGCUCUACCAAACUUGUCCGAAGAGGCUUUUAGAGAAUUAAUGUUAGCGGCCACUAGAUACUUUGAGUUUAGUUUUAAUGAUAUCAAGUACAAACAAAUUGAUGGGGUGGCUAUGGAUUCUCCUCUUGGACCAGUACUUGCUAAUAUUUGCGUAGGCUAUUAUGAGUCUAACAUUGACAUGGAAUCUGUCUUGAGCUCUAAAAAGAAAACUAAUGGUUUUAAGUUGAUGAGAUUGAUUGUUGAUGUUGGUGGAGAAGCUUUAAGAGUAACAUUGAGGAAACAACUGUCAGGUACUGAUUUAUUUUACGUUUUAAAUAAUCCUAAAAUUUAUAAUCAGCUUUUGAUUCUAAAAAAUAAUCACACUUUAAAGCAACAUCAAUGGGAUCUACUGUAUCCUCCUCCUCCAAUAUUACCAAAUGAAAAUAAGUUCGACGUUACUUUACUUUAUAUUCUCCUGCGUAAUAUUUGUGGUUUAAAACCACCACGUGAUCCAUUAUGGACGUCAGUAAAUAACCCCACUGAUUAUUCAACUGAAGCAGAUAUUACCCGUAUCAGGUUAUUUCGUAAUGACCGUUUUGCUCACUUACCUAACACUUCAGUAAGCUUUGAUGAAUUUGAAAAUUUUUUAUUAGAAAUAAGCGAACCAAUAGUUCGUUUAGGAAUAAGUCAGGAAGAAAUAGAUAGAUUGAGAAAUGACUUGUGUAGUAAUAAAGAAUGUGAAAGAAUAUUGAGAGAAUGGGAUAGAUUAAAGAGCGAUUUAACUGAUAUUAAAACUGAUCAGAGAGGUAUUAUGAGAACAGUGGAGGGUGUAAAGAAAGAUUUACAACAGGUAAAAGACUUUGUCACAGUAAUUAAAGACGAAGUACAUGAAAUACGACAUCACCCUCACUUAGGUCCAGAAGAAGAUAUUUUGACAAAAAACCUUGUUAGCUUUGACUUUGAAAGUGAAAUUAGGUAUCAUUAUGAAAAAUAUUUGCAUGGAACACGGGAAUGGGUUUUUAAAGAGUUUUUAGAUUGGUUCGAAGAUGAUACUUCUCAAAAUCGUGCAUUUAUUAUUUCUGCUGUUGCUGGCAUGGGUAAAUCUGUAAUUGCAGCUACUUUAUGUAAACGUUAUCCAAGUUAUUUGACUGCAGUUCAUUUCUUUCAACACAACAACAGUCGUUACAAUAAAGCCAACGUAUUUCUUCAAUCUUUAGCUAUGCAAAUUAGUUGUAAUUUUCCUGCUUACAAACAACUUCUUGUGAAAAAACUCUCAGGUCAACUCUCUGAGCCUUUGAAUAACAUGAAUGUUGAAGGAUUAUUUUCUCUUCUUUUUACUGAGUUGUGUAAUAAUAUCUCAGAAUUUCCCAAGCGAAUGUUAGUUGUGCUUGAUGCUCUUGAUGAAUGUGGUUAUCGAGAAAGAGAUGACCUUGCUUAUUUGCUUGCUAAUCACUUACACAAACUUCCGCCUUAUUUUCGUUUUGUAAUUACAACCAGACCUAACGAAGUUGCUUUGAAUAAGCUCGAAAAAUUCAAUCCACUGUUCAUUAACUGUAGCGAUGAUCGCAAUUUAGAGGAUAUUAAAUUAUUGAUUGAAGAAAGAAUUGGCUCUACUGACUGCCUUCCUGGUUUUAAAAACAGUUUGGCAGAAAAAGCUGACGGACUUAUGUUGCUUGCAUCACUUCUUAGCAGCGAAGUCAAAAAUCAGGAUUUGUUGAAUGCGUCCAUACCAAAAGAUCUCAAUGAUUAUUACGAAAUUUGCUUAACAAGAUUGAGUAAGGAUUUAGAUUCGUUUGGUAUCAGUAACGAAAAGUUUCAGUCAAUUUUAAAUGCUCUGGCUGUUGCUAAAGAACCUCUUCCUUGGAAAAUGAUCGAUGACGUUCUUUCUAUGAAUUCGAAUCGCAUAUCACUUAAGGUUAGGAAAAUUAUCUCUUGUCUGUUUGUUAGCAAUGAAAAAGGAUGUGUUUCGUUUUUUCACAAAUCCUUAAAUGAUUGGUUGUUGGAUGAUCGAGAACAUGAUUACUCAGUAAAACCUUCUUGUGGUCUUCGACUUGUUUUAGAAUUUUGUUUAAAAUCUUUGGAUAACCUCAAAGAUGAAGGUGUAAACUAUGACAUCAUCAAAAAUGCGUCAGUGAGUUAUUCAGUCAAGUAUUGGUUGCUUCAUUUACUUGAUAUUUCUGAUAAUGAUUAUAUCGUUGAAUAUGUUGGUAAAUAUCUUGUUGACUUAGAAGUUUUAGUUGCUUGUAUGCUGGUUGACUCUCGUCGUACUUUUGAAAAUUUUAAAUUAUUCAACGCACAUGAUGUGUACUUUCUUAUUUCUGAGGACAUUCGAUUGUUAUUUAAUGAAGUUUAUUCUGUAAUGACGUACUCUAUGCGCUGUCACAAUAAAGUAAUUUUUUUGCAAUACGUUGCCAACGAAGUCAAAGAUCUUUCGUCUCAAGCCACCACAAUGUUUCAAACACGUUUCAAAGAUUUACCAUAUGUAGAGUGCAGAGACACGGGUUUUGUAAAGGCUCGAUUAUUACGUUGCGAUCAUUAUUUGAUUUCUGUUGAUGUUUCACGAAAUCAUGAUUACGUCGUCUGUGGUUAUAAAAGAUUUAUCGUGCAACUUUUUUCAUUAAGAAGAAACAGAUGUUUAUGGAUAAAAAAUAUUGCAGGUCAGUUUAAGCAAUAUGAAGAGGAAGAAUUUUGCGUUGUCUUUCAUCCAUUCGAAGAUUUAAUAUUUGCUUCUCAGCUUGAUAAGAUAUUAGAUAUUAAUGGUAAAUUUUCCUCCAGUCCGUUCCAAUGUGAUGAUUCUACUUCUAAGUUCUUUACCAACAAAUGUUUUUCCAAGGAUAAGUACACAAUGGUCACUAGUUACAAAGAUACUUUGACAGUAUGGGACGUCGAGAAAGGUGAGAAGAAACGCAGUAUUAGAUGUAAUAAUGUGACCUCACUGUGUUUUUCUAAUUCUGGAAGAUAUUUGUGUGUUAUUAAGAAAGGAAAAGUGGUUCAAAUAUUUGAUGUAGCAAAUACCUAUGAAACUUUCGUUUACGACGAUCAUUUACCGUCAAGUUUUUUAAGUGAGCUUGAUGUUUUGUUCACUGUUGGUCUUCAUUCUUGGUGUUGUGGCGAUCGUUUUUUUAUGGAUGAUCAUUUCAUUGUAAAUCCCACUGGUGAGAAACUUCCUGACUUAGAUCCUGAUUCCCAAACUUUCUUUUCUCCUCUUGAUCCUUUCGAUGACAACAUACAUAGCUUUUCCUUUAAUGGAGCAGAAAAGUAUUAUUUUAUUUUGUGUAACGACAAUGUUCUUUUGUUUGAAUACAGACUUGACUUUUAUCUUUAUUCAAUACCGCGUGCAUGUUUAACUAACAGUUACAGUUUUCGUAACGAAAAAUUUUGCUCAAAUGGAAAAUUUCUGUAUCGGAGCAAUGAAGAAAAUUCAAGGUUUCGAUGAACUAAAAGGUACAAACAAAAUUUUUGAGGUGAGUGAUGUAUCAUUUGCUUGUCAAAAAACUGAUUCUUUUGUGUUUUUCAAUGUUGAAAACAAGAGAAAAGAAAUAUCAGUGAAUUUUGAAAAUUAUCGAAAUGUGUACGUACUUGCAUGUAGCUCUAAGUAUCACGUGUUUGCUAAAGUUAAAUUUAAGGGUCAGAUAAUUUACUGUAUGUGGCAUGAAGACAAACUUCUUAAUGGUUGGGAUGACGUAAUUAAGGAGACCUUAAUCACCGACAAAGUCAUUGGAAAGUACACGCGUGAUAUUACUCGCUGUCUAACUUACGCUGCUUUUUCACCUUCAGCAGAUAAAUUAUUAAUAAGUUACACGCCUAAGUAUGUGAAAGUAUUUGAUGUUAAUAACCUACAAAGUAUUUAUAGUUAUACUCAGGGUUUUUGUGGGCCAAAGUUUUUCUUUGUUGAUGAUAGGUAUAUAAUUAAUGGUUACCUAUAUUUGAUUGAUUUGAAAUAUUUUAAGAUUGUAAAAUUAUUUCUUCCGCUUGUGAGUAUACUUUCAAGAACUUUAUGCUACUGUCGUAAACGCAAACUUGCUUUAAUUUUUUCAUCCUUAAAGGUCCCGCUACAAUGUGUAAAAAUCAUCUUGCCAAGAGAAUAAAUUUGAUCUUUGAUGAUAAAAUUUCUCACCAUUUUGGAUAAUGACUAUAUUAUCUUUAAGAAAAUCUUGUUCAGUUUUUAUGCAUGAUCCCUAUCAUUGUUGACAUUUCAAUUAAUGUCUGUUUGCAUAUGAUUUCAUGAAACGACCUUUGUCUAAGUUUGAUUUUUCUGUACAGAGACCGCAAUGUACGAUAAUGUCAAUAUUGAGAGAGAUGAU